AAAGAAACAAGUUCAAAGUAUAAAACCAGAGAAAGAGCGACAAGAGAAUAUGUGUUCUGUCAGCAGCUAAGAACAUAGAUCUGGUUGCUGAUCAAGACUCUGAAGUGAGGCCUGAGAAAACACAGAGCUGAGACAGAAAAGGCCAUCUGAGGACAUUGAGAAGCUGUUGUCUGCAAGUGGAGGACUCUCACAAGAAACCAACCCUGCUGGCACCUUGAUCAUGGACUUCUAGACUCCAGAACUACUUCUCAUAAUGAGCAACUCUUCUCUCAUUUGAAGGACUGAAUCUUUUCUGAAAAAGUUUGGUAAGGCCAGGCAUUUGAACAUUCAGUCACAUGCGGCGGAACCAGGCACAUGGAGGACAGCUGACUGCACAGAACCAGGGACUUGGGUUUUGCAAUGGAACAAAUAUGGUUGCUGUUGCUUCUAACAAGUAGAGUGCUUCCAGGGUCUGCUCAGUUCAAUGGCUACAACUGUGACGCCAGCCUCCACAGUAGAUUUCCUGCUGAAAGAGACAUCAAUGUCUACUGUGGGGUGCAGGCCAUUACAAUGAAGAUUAAUUUUUGCACAGUACUUUUCUCCGGUUAUUCUGAAACAGACCUGGCCCUGAACGGAAGGCAUGGGGAUUCCCACUGCAGGGGCUUCGUCAAUAACAACACCUUCCCUGCGGUGGUCAUUUUCAUCAUCAAUCUCAGCACCUUGGAGGGCUGUGGAAACAAUCUGGUGGUAUCCACAAUUCCUGGAGUCAGUACUUAUGGAAAUGCAACUUCAGUACAAAUAGGAAAUAUUUCAGGAUAUAUUGAUACUCCAGACCCACCGACAAUCAUCAGCUAUCUACCUGGGCUUCUUUACAAAUUUAGUUGUAGUUAUCCAUUGGAAUACCUGGUUAAUAAUACCCAGCUUGCCUCGUCCUCAGCUGCUAUCUCUGUGAGGGAGAACAAUGGUACAUUUGUCAGCACUUUGAACCUGCUCCUUUAUAACGAUUCAACCUACAGAGAGCAGUUAAUUAUCCCGAGUAUAGGAUUACCUUUGAAAACCAAAGUAUUUGCAGCUGUACAAGCUACUAAUCUGGAUGGCAGAUGGAAUGUCUUAAUGGAUUAUUGCUAUACAACCCCAUCGGGGAACCCAAAUGAUGAUAUUCGAUAUGAUCUCUUCCUUAGCUGUGACAAAGAUCCUCAGACCACCGUCAUUGAAAAUGGUAGAAGCCAACGGGGCCGCUUUUCCUUUGAAGUGUUCCGAUUUGUGAAACACAAGAAUCAGAAGAUGUCCACCGUCUUCCUGCACUGCGCGACGAAGCUCUGCAGGGCGGAUGACUGCCCCUUCCUUAUGCCAAUUUGUGGCCACAGAGAAAGGCGAGAUACAGGGAGGAGGACCACUUGGAGCCCCCAGAGUACUUCCGGCAACGCUGUCCUCUCUGCCGGUCCCAUCAUUACUCGGAGCGAUGAGACUCCAACCAACAAUUCACAGCUUGGUUCUCCAAACGAACCUUCUUUCCAGCUGAACGCCGUCACCAGUGCACUGAUAUCAGGGAUGGUCAUUCUGGGAGUCACGAGCUUUACCCUUCUCCUGUGCUCACUGGCCCUUCUACACAGGAAGGCACCCACCAGCUUGGUGCUGAAUGGCACACGAAACCCAGUCUUUGACUGACUGUAACAGGCUCUCGGGAGGCGUCACUGGCCGUACCGUGUGUAACUGCAGUCAGUGUUCUAUCUGAAUUGAAUGCCAGCCAGCAUUUGGUAUUUGUAGGUUUGAGAGAUUUCACAGUGUAGCUUGUCAGCAUGACGUUAGUGAGAGAAUUGUGAUAAUAUUGCUCUUGUCACUUAUGUUUGUGGUCAGCCCUAUUUGUGUGUCACCAGUGGGUAUACUGACAAUAAGCAAACACCAUUCAGGACUUAGUUCUUAGUCAUCAUUUCACUUUAUUUCAAUUUUCUUUUGAUUAAUGGUUUUAUAGACAAAAGAUAGGCAUAGAAAAAAAAGAAUUUGUUGCAUUUUAUCCCUAAGCAUUAAAACCUGUUGUGAUGGCAUUUAGAUUUGCAUUUGUGGUCCUGAAAUGAAAGUUGCUUUUUGUUUUAUUCCAGAUAAUUGCAGCUUGGGGAUAUGUUUUAAUUGGACUAGCCAAUUUAGACACCCGAGAUUUAAUUUCUCAUUCUAUGACCUCCUAUGUUUUUGGCUGAUUUCCAUGUCUGACGACAUUCCUUUAAAAAAAA